AUGGAAUUUUCUCAAGCAGUUAUCGGAAGUACUCUUCAAGGGAAGAUACAACAAAGUAUAGAGGCAAUAAGAGAUUUAAUUGAUGGAGCAAGAUAUUCAGCUGAGAAUUCACAUGUUACACAAGAUCUUGAAGUUCUACCAUGUGCAAUACAAAGUAUCCCAACACCAAUUCCUGAGCUAAAUGCAACAAAGUGGAAGGAUUUACUAGUAGGACUUAGGCAAAUUUUUGUGAGUGCUGAUGAUUGUAGACAAGCAAUCUACAAGUAUAGUAUUGCACACAGUACAAGGUACACACUGACUUCGUCUAUAAUUGAUGACGUAGUAAGGUCUAAUGUGGAAAAAAAACCCAAUGAAAUAAAAGCUGACAUAUAUAAAGACUAUAGCAUAAGUCUAACUUGUCGUCAAGCUUUAAGAGCGAAAGAGAGGGCAUUGGUGGAAAUAAACGGGCUUCCUGACCAAUCAUAUAUGCUUGUUCCUCAGUUGUGUAAUAGACUAAUAGAGACUGAUGUUGAUACUGUAGCAAAAUGGGUGGCUUCUAAUAAUAAGAGAUUUGAAUGUUUAUUUAUUGCAUAUAGUUGUUCCAUUAAAGGAUUCUUGCUUGGGGUUAGGCCUAUUUUAUAUGUGGAUGAAUGUUUCCUCAGUGGUCCUUAUCGAGGCACCUUACUGGCAACUUCAAUAUACAAUGCCGAUAAUGAGUUGUUUUCAUUAGCUUUUGCAAUAGUUGGGAGUGAAACUCAUAAUGAUUGGACUUGGUUUCUACAAAAUAUUAAAGAUAUCCUUGGUUCGCUGCAGGUAACUAUUGUUUCUGAUAGAAAUAAUGCUAUUAUUGGUGUUGUUAGAGCCAUAUUUGGUGGCGAUAGACAUGUAUUUUGCUAUCGACAUGUCAAGGAGAAUUUUAGCUCUAAGUUUAAAAAAGUUUAUAGGGGAAUGGGAAGGAACAACAAGGAAGAGGUACUAAAAUUGCUUGAUCACAUUGCCUAUGCAAGGCAUGAGCAUGAAUUUUGUAUAGCUAUAGGAAAUUUGAGGAUGUUCUCUCCACAAUUAGCAAGAUGGGUUGAAAAUCAAGGUGAUGUUGAUCGCUGGGCACUAUCAUUGUUCCCAUUUUAA